UGCAGUGCCUCCACAAGUCAAUGUCACUGUCAUCAUCAACAACUCUACAGCCUUGACGGUGUCAUGGGUGGCUCCUAUUUCAGAUGUGGACUACUACGUCGUAUACUUAAGUGAAACGUACAACACAACAGCAGUGAUGAGCUUCAUUGUGUACUCUCUUACAACACUAGCAUUUACUGGUCUGGUCCCUGGUAGAAGUUAUAACGCGUAUGUAACAGCGUACAGUGGCAUCAACUCCCAAACGUCAGACAUCGUUACUAAAAGGAGCUAUCCAACAUCUGUCAGAGACUUUUCUUGCUUCACGUAUUCCUCGGAGAAUGUAUCCUGCAGUUGGUCACUCCCCGAUGGUGUAUGGAGCAUGCUGUACCUGCGAGUGAUCAACAGCAGUAAUCUUAUGCAGGCCGUAAGCAUCUUCAAUGACAAUUUCACAGUCAUAACCAUGUAUUCUUUGAAUGAAAUAAUUAUGGAUCCUCAUGGAAAUGGAAGAACAAAUUUAACAUUUGCCAUGCUUGGACGUCUGAAGCCGAACACUGAAUACUUAGUCAAUAUCACCACCUACUCAGGAGAUCUUCCCAGUCAAACUCUACAAGGAAAAGCACAGACCGACAUAAGCGCUCCUCCGCCCGUUCCGGAGACGGUGAACAUCACGACGGUGCAGAACCAGGUGACACCGAGCAGCCUAACCAUCUCCUUCAGCUGCAGCUGGUUCCAGAACACAAACGGCGACCUCAAGUCCUACACGGUCAUCGUCAAGCAGUCCGAGGAAACGAGCAGCGAAAGUCCAGAGAAGAGGUGGCCUCUGAGCACGUACUCAGAAUAUGCAAAUGGAAGCACGAACGUGUACCAGGUGGACGAUCGUGUCUACCCCUCCGAGUGCUCCAACUCCAACUCUGUCGUCAGUGUCAAAAUUGGUACCGGCAGAACAAGCGGCAGCUUCUCUGAUGGCCCCUUGAAGCAAAACACUGCCUACAGGAUCAGUUUCCGCGUCUACACGUACCUCCCAAAUGCACGCUCUGUCCGCGCUGGAGGGGUAGCCAUCUACACGGACACACGCUUCUCUCUACCACUCAUGACAUUAGUGGGUGGCAUCGGGAGCUCGGGAAGCAUCGUUGGCCCUGUGGUGGGAGGUGUGCUGGGAGCGUUGGUGAUCAUUGUUGGAGGGGUCUUACUCUACAUACGCCGGGAGCAGCUGAACUGUUUCAAGAGACCCGAUUCCACACUGCAAACUAGCACAAGAAAAUGGGACGAUCUCCCAGCUAUACCAAGUGACAUGAAAAAGGAUGUUUGUGAUGCAAGUUAUAAGGCCGGCAAUGAAUACGUGAUUCCUGACGACUCCACUUAUGAAGAUCUGGAUAAUUGUACACCCCAAGUGGACCACCACUCAGGUAUACCAUCGAAGACAGGAGAAGAUGAUGCCAAGACCGAGGGCAGUUCCGAUCCCACCUAUCUCGUCCCCGACAAUCCAUACCUCAUUGUGAAAUAGCCAUUCAAGUCACUCACCACUUCCUUCUGUUCGAUGUAAAAAACGGCUCCCCUACUGAGGAGCCCUGAGAACAACUGUUUAAGGGCUCUUUAUAAAAUGUUACUUAUUAUAGGUCUCUGUACGAGUCUAAGGGUACCUAUGCAAGAUUAAUGGUCUCAGUGGAACUCUAUAAAUAAGUCUUCGAAUGGCUGAUGUAGGUGAAGAGUAACAACUAUAAGUUUUAUACUCUUUGGUUCUUUCGGUAAAGUCACGUAGGUAUAA